UCGACGGACCAUCAAACAUGGCGCUCUCCUUGAUAGAACGUGAAGCUUUUGUUACUUUCAAACCUUUUUAGCGUUUGACACUUUUCUUACUUGCUGUUUAGAAUUGUAUGAGUCGUCAUGGGUGUCAUGAGACACGUUGUCUGUGCAAUGUCUGGCGGUGUCGACAGCUCUGUGACCGCGCUUCUGCUCAAACGGCAAGGUUAUCACGUGACGGGCGUAUUCAUGCGGAACUGGGACUCGCUGGACGAGCAGGGCGUGUGCACCGGCGAGCGGGACUGUGAAGACGCGUACAGGGUGUGUCGGAUGUUGGACAUGCCCUUUCACCAGGUGUCCUACGUCAAGGAAUACUGGCACGAAGUCUUCAGUAAUAUGUUGAAGGAACAUCAGAAGGGGAGAACACCCAACCCUGACAUCAUGUGCAACAAGCAUAUCAAAUUCAAACACUUCUUUGAGUACGCCAUGAACACUCUGGGCGCUGAUGCCGUGGCGACUGGGCACUACGCCAGGACAUCCCAAGAGGACGAGGAGGUGUUUCAGCAGAGGCACGUUCCGACGCCUAAAACCCUGUUCCGGGAUCGGUUCGAGAUCAGAAACCCGGCCAGACUGUAUCAAGCAGCUGACCACUUUAAGGACCAGACGUUCUUCCUCAGCCAGAUCCCCCAGAAUGCACUGAGGCAGACUCUCUUCCCGCUGGCGGGACUGACCAAGGACUUUGUUAAGAAGAUGGCCGCCGAAGCCGGCUUCCAACACAUUGUGAACAAGAAGGAGAGCAUGGGGAUCUGUUUCAUUGGACAGAGGAAAUUUGAGGACUUCAUUCUCGAGUAUUUAGAGCCACAGCCUGGAAAUAUGGUUUCCGUUGAAGACGGGAGGAUCAUGGGCCAACACAAAGGCUGCUUCACCUUCACGCUGGGGCAGAGGGCCCGGAUCGAGCACCACAGGGACGCCUGGUUUGUGGUGGACAAGGACGUGACCACCGGAGAGGUGUUUGUGGCGCCCACCACCAACCACCCUGCACUGUACCGCGACACGCUGCGGACCGACCGCUUCCACUGGAUCGCCGAGGAGCCGCCGGCCGAACUGGUGCGCAGCAGCAUGAUGGAGUGCCUGUUCCGCCACCGGCACCAGAGGCCCCUCUCUCCCUGUACUGUGACUCUGAAUGCUGACGGGUCCAUUUGGCUCACCUCGGCUCAACCAAUCAGAGGCUUGACGCCAGGACAGUUCGCAGUGCUGUAUAAGGGCGACGAGUGCCUCGGCAGUGGGAAGAUCAUCCGUCUGGGGCCCACAGAAUACACCCUACAGCAGGGCCGAGACCGGCUGAGAGGGACCUCCUCCGAGUCCAACUGCACCCCGGAGCAAAUGACCUGAAGGACUGACGACCGCCGCCAUUUUGUCUCGAACGCGUAGGCGACUGACCGCACCCUCAAGCCGGGUCAGCUGAAAGACUGACAGCCUGGACAGACUGACAGCCUGGCUUUGGAUAGUCUCUCCUCAGUUAUGUCUGUCGGUGUAUUUGGGUAAACAAACGCAAUCACGGGUUUUACUUUUAUAUGAUGUGAAUUGCGCCUGUCAUUUAUUUUGACAGUUACGACGUUCCUUCACGGAAGCAUGAGGUGAUUUCUUGCAGCAUUUAUGACAUUUUGAAACUUAUUUAAAACGUAUUUCUUACAAAUUCAAGUUGUAAUAUAUCCGUUAUUGACUGUCAGUGUCCUGUUGGUGUCCAAGAUACCAAUUAUGAAAGUCAAAUUGGAAGGAAGUUAUUUACAGUUGUAGCUAUAACAUUAACUGUACAGAAAACUCCUGGUUUUUAUACAAUGCACAAUGAAUGGUUUGACCAAGAGUGACUCUCCCUCCUUCUAGUAAUUUUGAAUUUGUUCAAUUAUUUUUAAGUCCAGGGAAACUAUGCAGACAAUCUAUCUUUGAUAUCAACUGAAACCGUGCCGUGGAACGUGCUGUGGAAAGUCUAAUUUGCACAGUUCUGAUUCAUUAAACCCUGUCUGAUCAUAAUUAAAACUGGCUUUGUUUUUAUUUGUUUGUUUAUUCAGCAUUUUUUAAACUGUAACCCUCAAGUUGGUAUUAUUCAUCAUUUGAUUUCAAUAUCUGUCUAUUUUCAGAACCUGUAGAUGUGUAAUAAAUUCAGCCAUGCCGCGGUUGUAAAAUAUGGAA